GGAUUCAAGUUCAACUUCAAGCGAUUCGUCAACUUCAACUCCUUCAAGUGAUGAAGAACAUGAAGAAGAAAAUAUUCCGGGACCAGCUGUGGACAGAGUGGACAUAAAAGAUGUUGGCCUAUGGCCAAGCAAGAUUAGCAAUGACACACGGAUCUUUCUGGUACGUCAAGGUGCGACUGUGGUUCAAAAUCUAGAUUCUGAUUUUGGUGAAGUAAUUCGUGAAGGUGUGUCAACCAAAGGACAAACUAGAAAACUAACACGCGAGUGGUUUUUUCAAACUCUGCCAAAUGGUGAAAGAAUGUUGAGAUCAUGGAUGGUGUACUCCCCUUCCAAGGAAGCUCUUUACUGCUUUUGUUGCAAACUGUUUUCAGACAGAAGUAACUCAAAAUUUAAUUCUGAGGAUGGAUUCAACAUAUGGUGGAAACUGAAUCCUAGAAUAUCCGAGCACGAAUCCAGUGCAGCUCACGUUCGGAAUUUCACACAAUGGAAGGAGUUGGAAAUUAGGAUUGCUCGUGGAGCAACAAUUGAUAAAAAAGAACAAGAAGUUGUUGAAAGCCAAGUGAAAAAGUGGAAGGAAAUCCUUUCAAGAUUGUUUGAUAUUAUUAGAUUCCUAGCUAAACAGAAUUUGGCUUUACGAGGCCACCGAGAAGGAAUGAAUUAUGAGAGAAACGAGACUAAAGCAACGGAAAAUAGAGGAAAUUUUUUAGAGCUAGUUGAUUUGUUGGCGAAAUAUGAUCCAGUGCUACGUGAACAUCAUCUAAGAAUCCAGCUAGGAAACAA